AUGGUUGCUGAUAAAUAUACAAUUUUGGCAGAUAAUGAUAAUAUCGAAAGACCAAUUUUAGACGAUCGUUCUUACCGUUUUAUCAAAUUGAACAAUAAUGAUUUACAUGUAUUACUUAUCAAUGAUCCAUCAACAGAUAAAUCAGCUGCUGCUUUGGAUGUAAACGUAGGCUCAUUUGCCGAUAAGAAGUAUAACGUUUCUGGAUUGGCUCAUUUUUGUGAACAUUUACUCUUCAUGGGUACCGAAAAAUACCCAGAAGAAAAUGAAUACUCUAGUUACUUAUCCAAACAUUCAGGAUAUUCUAAUGCCUACACUGCUGCUGAACAUACCAAUUACUAUUUCGAAGUAAGCUCUAAUUACUUGGAUGGUGCAUUAGAUAGAUUUGCCCAAUUUUUCAUUAGUCCUUUAUUUUCCAAAAGUUGUAAAGAUCGUGAAAUUAAAGCAGUUGACUCUGAAAAUAAGAAAAAUUUACAGAAUGAUAUGUGGAGAUUUUAUCAAUUGGAUAAACUGACUAGUAAUCCUAAUCAUCCUUUCAAUGGAUUUUCAACUGGUAAUUACCAAACUUUACAUGAACAGCCUACUAGUGACAAUGUAAAUGUUCGUGAUGUUUUACUUGAUUUCUAUCACAAGGAAUACUCUUCAAAUAUUAUGAGUCUCGUUAUCUUGGGGAAAGAAAAUUUGGAUCAACUCACAUAUUGGGCAAUUGAAAAAUUUGAAUCUAUUCCAAAUGUUAAUUUGCCUCGCCCUAACUAUAAUGGAGAAGUUAUUUAUAACCCAGAGCAUUUAGGGAAGUUGAUAAAAGCUAAGCCCAUAAAAGAUUCCCAUAAGCUAGAAGUAUCAUUUUUGAUCCCAGAUGAUCAAGAAGAUAAUUGGAAAUCUAGACCUGCUUCUUAUUUUUCUCAUUUACUUGGUCACGAAAGUAAAGGCUCUUUGUAUUACUACUUAAAUGAAAAACACUGGGUCAACGACUUAUCUGCUGGUAACAUGAAGGUCUGUCAGGGUAACUCCAUUUUCGUAUUAGAACUCGAACUAACUGAAAAAGGUUUAGAAAAUUGGCAAUCAGUGAUUGUUCAUCUAUUUGAAUAUUUGAAACUCAUUUCGAACAAAGAUCCACAACAAUGGAUCUGGGAAGAAAUAAGUAACAUGUCCAAGGUGAACUUUAAAUUUACUCAAAAGAAAGGGGCUUCAUCAACUGUGUCCAGACAAAGUAGUAUUUUAUAUAAAUUUACUGAGGAUUCGCAUGUUCCACCAAAUUAUUUAUUGAAUUCAACAAUCACUCGUGAAUUUGAUCCAGUUGCUAUAAAAGAAUACGGCUCUUAUUUUAAUCCCGAUAAUAUUCGUAUUCUCCUUUCAUCACAAAAACUUGAAAAUUUACCACUAACUGAGAAAUGGUAUGGCACAGAACAUCUGACUGAACCAAUUUCUCAAAGUUUCCUUUCCCAGUUGAAAAAUGUCUCUACAAAUACUGCAUUCCAUCUUCCAGUUAAGAAUGAAUUCAUCCCCGAUGACUUCACCAUUGUUGGGAAAAAAUCAGAAAACCCCUUGUUGCACCCUUAUAUCAUUCACAAUGAUGAGAAGUCUCAAGUGUGGUUUAAAAAAGAUGAUCGUUUCGAAGUUCCAAAGGGUCUUGUUUCCACUUCUUUGCACUUACCAUCUACUACCGAAUCCGUGAAAUCAUUUCUCUACUGUUCAUUAAUAGUGAAAUUAGUAAAUGAUGAAUUGAAUGAUAUGGCAUAUUUAGCUUCAUUAGUUGGAUUAGCUUUCAAUUUUCAUAGACAAGUUGACGGAUUUGGAUUGGAUUUUGACGGUUAUAGUGAUAAAAUGCCCGUCUUAUUAGAACAUGUAAUUCACAAAGUUACCAACUUCACUCCGAACAAAGAAAAAUAUUCAACAUUGAAAGAAAAAACCAUUCAGCAAUUGAAAAAUUCCGGUUACGACGUUCCUUAUAGUCAAGCCGGUAGAUAUAUACAGUCAUUGUUUAACGACAAGAUUUAUACAAGAGAAGAAAAGCUUGCUGCAUUAAACAGCAAUGAAUUAAGCUUCGAAGAAUUAGUUACAUUCAAUAGAGAAAUGUGGUCAAAUGGAGUCUUUGCUAGCACUUUAAUCCAUGGUAAUUUUGACUAUGAACGUUCAAUGAAGAUUAAUUCUCUUCUUCAAAAGCAUUUAAGCCAUCUCAAGCCAAUCGCAGAAAACAAAGAAGAAGUUAGCAAAGCUUUACAAUAUAGAUCUUACUUUGUGAGUCCAAAUGAAAGAGCUACGUUUGAAUCACCUUUACAAGAUGCUAACAAUGUUAACUCUUGCAUUGAGUACUACAUUCAAAUCGAAGAUAAGUUGAAGCACGAUCGUCUACUUGUUUUAGCAGAUUUGAUGAGCACAACAAUAAACGAAGCUUGUUUCAAUCAAUUAAGAACAAAAGAACAAUUGGGGUAUGUUGUUUUCUCAGGCGUUAGAUUGACAAAGAGCAGAUUUGGAUUUAGAGUUUUAAUUCAAUCUGAAAGACCUUGUGAUUAUUUGGAAUACAGAAUAGAAGAAUUUUUGCAUAAGUUUAGAACAAACUUUAUAGCAAAGGAAUUAACCGAUGAAAAUUUCAAUAAAUUCAAGGAAGCUCUCACCGAUAAAAAAUUAUCCAAGCUCAAGAAUUUAUCAGAAGAGUUCAACAGACUCUCGGGACAAAUCUCCACAGGCUACUUCGACUUUAAUCAAAGACAAAGACACGUCGACAUUUUGACUACUAUUACAAAGGAUGAAUUCAUUAAUUUUUAUGAUGACUAUAUUAAUGUUUCCAACUCUCAAAGCAAAUCAGGUAGAUUGGUCCUUUAUUUGAAAUCUCAAUGCACGCCUAAAUUAGCAACGUCAAAAGAGCUCUUGAGCUCGGUAAAUAACUUUCUUUACAAUAAAGACUUUGUUCUUGAGUCAGAUAUUGUGGAUUCAAUUCUUGAAAAGCAGGGUGAAUCUGUCGAAAACAUUAUUGAUGAAGUUACCAGUGAAUUGUUGAAAAACCCUGAACCAACCAAACAUAUUAGUCCAGAUAUCGACUCCUUCAAGAAUGAAUUCGCUUCAUAUGUCAGACAAGCCUUAGUCAAUCCUGUACCAUCGAUUUAUCCAAGAGGAAAGGUUUUCACUGAUAUCGGAUCGUUCAGAAGAAAUAACCAAAUCGCAGACAUUCCUAAACCAGUGGAACCAUUGUCUAAGUUUUAUUAUAAACUGGAAGAACACGCCCACUUAUAA